AGAGAGAGACACACACACACACACACACACACACAGAGAGAGAGAGACACACUGAUGUUUACUGCGGCGUACUUCACAUUCAUUUGUAAAUAUCAAGCUGGCCUCAGUGACUCGCGGCUCUUAUCUAUUGCGGAUUGCUGUGAUUCUCUGACGGCGAGCUUUGCUCUUCAACGUGAAAUAUUUUGGACAAGAGCACCAUGGCGGUCCAGCUCUCCACCUCUAUAAACAUUAAAGAGCCCCGCUGGGAUCAGGGAACGUUUGUGGGUCGAGCAAAACAUUUCUUCACUGUCACAGACCCCAGAAAUAUCCUUCUGUCAAAUGAACAACUUGAAAAAGCACGCCAGAUCAUUCAGGAUUACAGACAGGGGGUGAUAACACCAGGACUAACAGAAGAUGAACUCUGGAGGGCCAAAUAUAUUUUCGACUCUGCAUUUCAUCCGGACACAGGGGAGAAAAUGCUCUUGAUUGGUCGAAUGUCUGCUCAGGUCCCUAUGAACAUGACUAUCACUGGAUGUAUGAUGACUUUCUACAGGACAACUCCAGCAGUUUUGUUCUGGCAGUGGAUCAAUCAGUCCUUUAAUGCAAUAGUCAAUUACACCAACAGAAGUGGAGAUGCCCCAAUCACAGUAAAUCAGCUCGGAGCAGCGUACGUAUCAGCAACAACAGGUGCAGUGGUGACUGCUUUGGGGCUAAAUGCGUUAGCAAAGCACAUUUCUCCGCUCAUAGGACGAUUUGUACCAUUCGCUGCUGUAGCCGCUGCAAACUGUAUCAAUAUUCCACUAAUGAGACAACGGGAACUCCAACAUGGCAUUCCAGUAACGGAUGAGAAUGAUAAUCGAUUAGGAGAAUCUUCAAAGGCAGCUCAGCAGGCCAUCACACAGGUGGUUGUGUCCAGAAUCCUCAUGGCCUCUCCUGGAAUGGCUAUUCCUCCGUUUUUAAUGAAUGCUUUGGAAAAGAAGGCUUUCCUCAAGAGGUUUCCGUGGAUGAGCGCACCCAUUCAAGUUGGCUUGGUUGGAUUUUGUCUUGUGUUUGCGACGCCGUUGUGCUGUGCGUUAUUCCCCCAAAAGAGCUCUAUGGCAGUGAGUGGAUUGGAGGCAGAACUGCAGGAGAAGAUUCGAGUCAGUCAUCCGGGUGUAGAGCGAGUCUAUUUUAACAAAGGACUGUAACCAUUUCAUCUUUUGUCUGCCAAAGUUCACCAGUUUUUCUCCAGGACGUCUUAACCUCAGUCAUUUUGUAAGAUGCUUUACAUUUUGACCUGUUUUUAAUUAUUAUUUGAAAUGAAAUGCAUUUUGUCAUUGCUGAUCUGUUGUGUGUAUGAUCGUGCUUAUCCAUUUACAUUUCAGAAAUAAGAAGUUUAGUGUUUGCUGCCAUGUGCCAUCCUCUGUUAUUUCAGUAUAACAGAAUGAAUGAUGCCAGAUUAUUGUCUUGUCUCAGUAUUUCGUGUUGAUCUUUUCAUGAGGGUUAUUCUUUAUAUACAGUACUGCCAAAUUCAGUUUUUAUCAUGUGACAAAAGUGCAAUCAGUACAUUGACAACAUUGCCAAAUAUAAAUCUCUGCUGCUCAUUUCAAUAGAACGCAGGUUUAAUAAACAGAGAAAUGAUAGCAUGGAUAAAAAGAAGAGUAUUAUAUAUUUUGCUAUCCUCAGUAUUUUGAGUUAUUUCAUAUAAUUUCUGUGCAUGAACAAACUUUAUGUGAGGUUAAAGUUCAAAGUCUUCUCAUUCAUUGACUGCUCCAAAGUUCACUCUUCUCUCAGUUUAACGUUGUUGUUUGACCUAAAGAGGUGCCUGUUUGUUUUCAUGUAUAUUUAUACCUUUGUUAAGGUAUUCAGGUACGACAGUAUACAGAAAUCUAUCAUUAGAAGCUAAUGCACGCUAUUUCAUUUAAUCUUAUCUUCAAUCUCUCAUAAAUCAUAGGAGUCCAACCUGUAUUUUUAUUUAGUUCAUGCUAUUGUAACAUUUUUCAAGUGCUUUUCUUCAACAUUUUGUACCUGCUAGUCUAUUUUAAGUCAAUGAUUUUUUUUAAAUCAAUGUUAAUCCUUGUGAACAUUAAGUUGAAUUAACUUUAUGUGUUUUAUAUGUGUAAUGUUUUAUUAUGUAGAGCUAGAAACUGUAUUGAGAAAGUAUAACAGCUCAUUGGUAGCUGUGUGUUGACAGCUCAGAUCGUGAUGUUGAUGUUUGUUCAGUUCAUGAUUGUAGUUUUGACAAACUGAGAGUCAGUCAGUGUUCAUGAGUAUAGUGAUGGUGGUUUAGUUGGUAGUCACUAUUUGGUUUUGUCAAACUGUGAAAAGCACAACAGGUUUUAUUUUAGUUUUCCUCCAGUUGAAUAAUUGUAUGUUUCGUGCUUCUCAGCAGAUGUUUAUGGAGAGGCUUUCAUAAUGCAUUGAUUAUAAGCUUUAUGCCCAGCUGCACUACUUCCUGAACUUCAGCCAGCUCCUUGUUUCCUGUCUGCCUUUGUUGGACAAACCGAUUAAUCCAGGUGUGCCUGACCUCAGUAGUCACAACAACAAUAAUCAGACACACCUGGAUUAAUCAGUUUGUCCAAUAAUGGCAGACAGUAAACAAGGAGCUGGCUAAAGUUCAGGAAGUAGUGCAGCUGGGCAUAAAGCCUAUCGACCAAAUCAAGGCUGUGGUAAAAAACUCAUAGGACAUCUUUUAUGGGUGAGUCUCCUUUCCUCUACUGGCCCAUGAGAAGUCAAAACCAUACAGGACCUUAGUGUGAGCACCUCAUCACUGGGCCCAUGAAGGUCAGACAGGUGCUCUGGUCUCUGAUCAGUCUCGUUUUAUUUGAGAUCACCGAUGGGACAGAUGAAUUUUAUAACAAUAACCUUCUUUUAAACCAAUCAAAGAUCAUCUCAACAGUUACUCAAGGACUGCUCAGCAUUGUAGACUUGUGGAUCUUUGAUUUACAGCUUUAUCAACAUUCUUAUAUUUCAGGUACUUUAAUUUCAUGAUGAGUGAGAUCCACUGAAUUUAUGUUUUCCUUGACAAGAAAAUAUUGCCAUAUGAAUUAAACCCUGUUUGUUUUCUAAUCUCACGCAUAUAUUUGGAACAAAACAACAAUAAUGUGAACACAAAUCUUUAAAUGAACAACAGACUAAUAAUAAAAUGAUUUGUUUACAUGA